UCCAAAACAAAAAUAAUAAUGAUAUUAAUUUUGAAAAAAUAUUAUCGAAUAUUGACGAGCUAUAAGCUCUGAAAUGUUUGCUGAAUGCGCAUCAUGCGGAUCGAAUUUAAUAUAAAAGUUGCCAAGGGAAAGUAUAUCUUUGCACUGGCGAGCACAUCAGGAACCUACAGCCAAAGUUAUUUUAGUUUGCAUAAAAUAUUUAUAAUGCGAUUACAAAGUAAAGUUGCAUAAAAUUAUCCCGUCAUUAUAGUUUAAACAUCUCUCUUCUUAUAUUUCCGAAGUAAAGUUUACUUCGGAAGUUGUCGCAAUGUAUUUCCCACUAUUUUUCCACCGUCCGUCAAACAAAUCAGACAUACAUGGAAGUGCACAGCCGCGACCAACGGGACCUGGAUAAGGGCGCAAGAGUGUUCACUUGGGCGCGAUUAAUGUCCAAGUGUAUCGGGGUGUGGCCUUUAGAACCAAAUUAUCAUCUCUUUAACAUAUGUUUUUUUUAUUUUACUUAUAUUAUGAUUACCGAGUACAUUAAUUUAUAUUACUGCCUUCCGAAUUUCAAAAAAGUCCUCGGCAAUCUUGUUGAGAAUUUAGCAUUCACGCAUAUGUAUGUACGGACACUGAUGUUGAGGGUUCAUAUUAAUAAAUUACGUUACAUAAUUUCUGAAUCAUUGAAAGACUAUCAUGCCAGUGCGUAUCAAAAUUCCGAAGAAGUUAAUGAGUUUUUGAUUUACGUAAGAAAAGGUAAAUUUUUCGUUAAAGCCGCUGGUAUUUUCGUCAUAUCAACAGCAACUUCUUGGUACAUUCGUCCGAUAACAUCUCCUUCCCUUCCUAACAAUGAAACAGCUGUGUUCACAUAUAUUUUACCAUAUAAAUUUCAUAUUUUCUAUAAAAUAAGUAACUAUCGUACUUACGUACUGACGUAUCUUUCACAUGCUCCCUUCGCUAUUAUCAGUGGAGUAGGUGCGGUAACGUCGGCUUGGAUAUUAAUUAUGCUCUCGUUUCAUGUCACCGGUAGGCUCGCGAUUUUAGCGAAGAGAAUUAAUUCAUUGAAAGAUAAAAAUGGCGGAUACAGAAAUCACCUUGACGAAAUUAUUUUCGAACACAGUAGACUUUUGGAAAUGGGGGAAGGGAUAAAAAGUUCUUAUGCUAUAGCACUGUUGAUAUAUUUUGUCAAUGGUACGAUAUUAUUAUGUAUUAUCGGAUAUCAAAUACUUGUGACAAUUACUUUGGGAGUGAAGCAUAAUUUGAUGCCGUAUUUUGUAUUUAUACUGACGGUUUAUCUUGUCAUUAGUAUUUUCUGUAUUCUCAGUGAAAAUCUUCUCGCGCAGAGUAAUAAAGUUAGCGAAGCAUUUUGGAGCUGCGAGUGGUACAAAAUGCCGCAGGAUUGUGUUAAAGACAUAACAUUUUGCAUACUACGAUCGCAAAAGACACUUGGGUUGACGGCAGGAGCUUUCUUAACAUUUAGCAACAGUACAUUGACGGAUGUAACGAAAACAGCCAUGGGGUAUUUGUCAAUACUAAGGAAUUUUCUGAUUGUGGAAUAAUUUCGUCAAACAGAAAAAACAAAAUUACGAAAGACAAACAAAAAAAUUUGUAAAAAUUAAUACGUAUAGUAUAAUUUAAUAAAA